GGGCAGCGCUGGGCCGAGGCGACCCGCCGCCCUCGCUGUGGCUGCGGUGGCUACGGAUGCGUGUGGAGGUGGGGCCUGCUGUUAGCUCGGUGGCCGCUGUGAGGCUUGGGCUGCGAUUGCAAUAGUGCUAAAGAGUCUAUAAGCUGAGGCAUUGGAAGGGGCUGCCCAGGGAGCUGCUGGAGUCACCGUCCCUGGAGGGGUUUCAGAGCUGGGUGGCUGUUGCACUGAGGGCAAUGGGCUGGUGGGUGAUGGGGCUGGGACAGAGGCUGCACCCCAUGGGCUGAAAGAUCCCUUCCAGCUGAGACCACUCUGUGAUUCUAGGAAAGGUGAGUGGCAGGUAUUGAUAUGGACAGUCUUUCCUCAGGCCCUUCUCUGCAGUUGCUUGCCAAACUGCUUCAUGAUACUCAAGAAGAUGAUGAUGACGAUGAUGAACAUGUGCCUCACUGUUCAGUUAAUGCCAUGACUCCUGGGACUAUUGGACCAGGAAAGAGAGAGACCACUGAUACUUUCCAAGUGAAACCUGGAAAUGACAAAGCUAUUUGGAAUACAGAGGAAGUCCCAGAAGGAUCUGAAUUUGAGGAUUCCUGGGACCCUAGAGAACAACCAGAGUAUCAGAUUUUAUUCAAACAGAGUGUGGGAACAGAGGAUGUCUUCUUUGGGAUGAGCAGGAAAGACCCCUCCACGGCCUGCUGUGAAGAUAUGGUGAUUCAAAUCAAGCUGCCAGAGACAAAGUGCUCAGACAUCACAUUAGAUGUUCAGGACAAGGUUCUUGACCUUCGGACUGCCAAAAAGAAGCUGCUGCUGCACCUCCCCUACCCUGUGGACAGCAAGAAGAGUAAAGCUUGUUUUCUCUCUGAAGAGGAGACCUUGGAAGUCACCCUCAGACUAUCAAGGAUGUUUGAUUUCAUAAAUUUUGCCUGAUGGACAACAGGCAAAACAGCAAAUCUCUUUGAAGUCUUUUGGAAACCUAACUGGUCAUGAAAGGGCAGAUUGUUUCCCUUUAAGAGUCCAGGGGGAACACCUCUGGAGAAAUGGAAUGAGUUGGGAGGAGCACAACACCUGUAGGUUCUGUAAGCUGAGGCUGUCCAGCUCUUGUGCUGCUCUGGUUGACCUUCUGCUGCCUGCAGUCUGACCAGGCUCUGUGAAUCAGAAAACAGGAGAUGAGCACAGGGUAAGCCAGGGCAAGGCUUUUUGUGGUGGUGGCUGGUAAGUAGCAUUAACAUGGCUCUGGCUACUGAGGCUGCUGCUUAGUUACUGUUGCAAGGCUUAACAAGCUGUAAUGUUUUUGCUAGGGCCAGUUCAGAAUCUCCUUUUAGCUGCUUCUUGAUGAGAAGAUCAAAGCUCUUCAGGGCUCCCAUUCUGCAGCCAGGGCUCCUUUACACUGGCAGUUGUAGCCCACUGUGGUUGGAUUCUUGUACAGCUCAGCUCCUUGGAACAGUGUUUGACUAUGUGUGGUUCUGUGUCAC